AUGGUAACUGUGAUACCAAAAAUAAUCACAACACCUUAUCCACGAACAAGGCUUCCUAUGUAUCUCUAUACAUUAUCAAUCAUUGUAUCUUGUUCACUGCUCUAUUGGAAUCUUCUCUACUGCAAAAACUAUGAUUGUUCCGCUGAACAAGAGAUCAGGUUCGGUCCGAAAAAGCAUAUAUUGCAGUAUUUCCCAGUUCUUGCUGCUCCAAUCAUCAUAUUCAUUUCCCUAUCAUGGCUGAUAAUUGCAGUUCACUAUUCGAGUACAGCUUGUAUUGUAACAUUCAAUUUUAUGGAAAUGCCAUCUGCGGUUUUUUGUUCCAUGCUGGGCGGAGUUAGUUCAGUGAUUGAAAUUCAUUUUUCGAUCGAUGUUGUCAAUGUGGAAUGGACAGAUCAAUGGCUACUGUCAUCGGGUUCCUCAAUACUCCUAUGUCUUCUACAUGCUACAAUUGCAUUUACUCUUCAAUGA